CACGCAUGCGCAGUGUCUCAUUCCUCCCUUAGCAUCAUGGCGGCUCCCGUAGACCUCGAGCUGAAGAAGGCUUUUGCAGAACUGCAGGCCAAAAUGAUUGACACCCAGCAGAAGGUGAAGCUGGCGGACCUGCAGAUCGAGCAGUUGAGCCGUGUGAAGAAGCAUGCAAAUCUCACGCAUGCAGAGAUCACUGCACUCCCCAACAGCACACGGAUGUUCGAGGGUGCAGGGCGCAUGUUCAUUUUACAGUCAAAAGAUGAGAUCAGCAGCCAGCUUUCAGAAAAGCAGAAGACAGCAGAUGAGAAGAUCAAGGAGCUGGAGCAAAAGAAGACAUACCUGGAGCGCAGCGUUAAAGAUGCAGAGGAUAACAUCAGAGAGAUGUUGAUGUCCAGGAGGGCCCAGUAAAACACGCUCACACCCAUCCACGUGUAAAAAUACUGCUCCAUCACCUUUGUACACCAUGUCCUUAGUUUAAACAUGCAUUCAAGAAUACGCGUGACAACCAAGCUAGUUAGUCAUUUAUUAGCUGAACAGAGGAAGUUUAUUUAGGUUAAUCAGUAAAAAAUGAAUGUACUGUUGAAUGUCUGUCUAAGAAUCUGACACCUGAGUAUUCUGUCAAAUCUUUUUAAUUUAUUGUUUAUUUUGCCACUUCUUUAUUGUUUUGUUUUCUAUGGUUUUGUAAAGAAAAAACAUUAUGUAACCAGGUGUUAACAUGGUAAUAAAGGUGACUGUUUAACAGA